AUGAGUUACUUUAUUUGCAGGUCUGCUGAUACACAAAAGUCCUCUGAACCUGUGUAUGAAGAGGAAGAUGAAGAGAUUCUUGGGUCCGAUGAUGACGAACAGGAAGAUCCUCGGGACUAUGUGAAAGGUGGUUAUCACCCAGUGAAAAUUGGAGAUCUAUUCCAUGGGCGUUACCAUGUGGUCCGUAAGCUUGGUUGGGGACAUUUCUCAACUGUUUGGUUGUGUUGGGACCUGGUAGCGAAAAGAUUUGUUGCCUUGAAGGUUGUAAAAAGUGCACAACAUUACACUGAAACAGCCCUAGAUGAAAUAAAGCUACUUAAAUGUGUACGUGACAGUGAUCAGAAUGAUAGCAACCGAGAGAAAGCUGUACAGUUACUGGAUGAUUUUAAAAUAACUGGAGUGAAUGGAACGCAUGUAUGCAUGGUUUUUGAAGUUUUAGGUCAUCAUCUGCUUAAACUGAUAAUUCGAUCCAACUACCGAGGAAUUCCAUUAGAAAAUGUCAGAAAUAUUAUAAGACAAGUUCUGCAAGGACUUGACUAUCUCCACAGAAAGUGCAAAAUAAUCCACACUGACAUCAAGCCAGAAAAUAUAUUGAUGUGUGUUGAUGAAACCUACGUGCGCAAAUUAGCAGCCGAGGCUUUUGAGUGGCAGCGUCUUGGGAUCAAAUUACCUGGCUCUGCAGUGAGUACUGCUCCAAAGGAAAGACCUGAUCCUUCCAAAAUGACCAAAAAUAAGAAGAAAAAAUUAAAAAAGAAAAUGAAACGUCAACAAGAGCUAAUGAACCUUCAGUUGCAGCAGAUUGAAGAAGUAACAGGAGAAAAAGAAGAUUCAACUGGUGCUAAGGAGCCAGAUGAGCUGCGGAUCCCACCAAAUGCUCUGAAAUCACCACAGAAUAGUCUCGAUUGUGGAGAGGAUUAUGAAGAAGAAGAAACCUCAUCUCCUACAGUCACUUCUCCUGAAGAACCCCAAGAGUCUCUGCCAUCACACCAGGAGAAUCUGUAUAAGAAAGGCAUCAACUCACCCACAUCACAAACAUCUGUGAAGUCACCAACAUCACCAACUAGUUCACACACCUCCAGUCAAGAAAAUAAAAACCUGAAUGAUCGUGAUAAAGAGCCCAAGGUAACAGACACUACCAAUAACCUUGACAAGUCUCCCAAACUUAGUCCCUCAAAAGCGAAGCUUGAUAAUCUGAACAUCACCAACGAACUCUCUCUACAGUCGCAGCCAAUCUGCAAUGGACAGUACGAAUCUCAAAAGGCUAAGGAUUGUAAUAAGAAUUCUUCAGACACUGAAAAUCUCAAUUUAGCACUUAAUGAGAAAAUGGAGCAGAAUGCAUCUGAAGGAAACAGUGAACAAACUUUGAACAUUAGAGAGCUGGCAAGUCCAACCAGCUUGGUCAGCAAAACACCCGUGGAAGAUCCGCCAAAAAGAAAAGACCCAGUGAAAGAAAUAUGUGAAGAUAUCAAAGUCAAAAUAGCAGAUCUAGGAAAUGCUUGUUGGGUGUACCAUCACUUCACAGAAGACAUCCAAACUCGGCAAUAUCGCUGCUUGGAAGUCCUUAUUGGAGCUGGUUAUGGUCCACCUGCUGAUAUUUGGAGCACAGCAUGUAUGGCAUUUGAAAUGGCCACAGGAGAUUACCUUUUUGAACCACACUCAGGCGAAGACUACACUCGGGACGAAGACCAUCUGGCACACAUCAUAGAACUGCUCGGUUCCAUUCCUAAACACAUUGCAUUAUCGGGAAAAUAUUCAAGAGAUUUUUUCAACAGGAAAGAUGAUGGAACCACAGAUGGAGAUCUGAUAAGUGAACUACGGCAUAUAACAAAAUUGAAGCCGUGGGGAUUGAAUGAUGUCCUCAUUGAGAAAUAUGAAUGGGACGAGAAAGAGGCCCGGACCAGUUUUAACAGUGCUGGUACCCAACCCUUGGCUCUCUACUCUCCAGACAUUAGCCAUUUUGGCACUACGGUUCGUCUCUUCCCCACCCACUUGAUGAAGAGAAAUAAAAAGUUAUGUUUAAAAAUAAAAGGAAACAUUGCGGUCUGUAUAACAUCUAAUGUCUGUUUGCUGUUUGCACACCAAUGGCAAACCCUACACUGCAUUGUCCAAGCAGUCCACUGCAAGUCUGGCUAA